CCCUUUGUGCAGCGUGCAGUAGUGACAUUAGAAAUGGUGCUCACAGGCAGAGAAAGCUUGAUUCGAUUAAUCGGCAGACGGGGGCGCUUCCUCCCCAAUCGCCGCUCUAUCCUCUCCGAUACCAUCCCUGAUCCUAACCCGAACCCGAACCCCAGUCCGAAUCCGGUUGUUGAACAACUGUUGCAGCAACCAGAUCAAAGCGGCGACGUACAGUGCCCUGUUUGCGGCCGCAACCUUCCCGGUGAUGAUCACAACCGCAUAAACUCUCAUCUCGAUGCGUGUCUCUCUCAUUCACAACCAAAACCAGCAACAAAACGAAAGCUUUCCCAACGCACCCUCUUUGAGUUAAACUUUUCCCCAUCCAAUUCUAAACCUAAACUCCAGAGUCUCACUCACGAAUCUGACAGUGCUUCCUUCCUUCCUCUUCCAAACAACGGCUGUGAAGAAGUGGAAAAUUGCGAUAAGCAAAAACCGCCUGAAAAACACGAGACUGGAGUUAAUUCUACACUUGCUGCCACUCCCUCAUCUUCCUCGCCCGUGAACAGUGGGGUGCCUGAAGAUUCUAAACUAGUUGAUGCGGCCUGACAUUGUCGCAGGAAAACACAAUGAGGACCUCAUACCAAAUGAGGUGAAGGAAGGAACUAAAGAAAGGGGGUUCCUAAAUCCCUAAAUCCCAAUUGGU